GUGGUGGUGGGGGAUCGGGGAUCGGGGAUCGGGAUCUCGCGAUGUGGGAAUCGAUUUGCUUAACGCUGUUGGCGACCGCGGGGAACAACAUCGGGAAGGUGCUGCAGAAGAAGGGCACCCUCAUUCUCCCUCCCCUCUCCUUCAAGCUCAAGGUGGUCAGAUCAUAUGUUUUCAACAAAUUAUGGAUAUCAGGCUUCCUUAUGGAUAUAUCCGGUGCUGUACUGAUGCUGAUUGCGCUAUCUCAAGCCCCGGUCUCUGUUAUUCAGCCUGUUUCUGGUUGUGGACUUGCUAUACUUUCAGUGUUCUCCCAUUUCUAUCUCAAGGAGGUAAUGAAUGCUCUUGAUUGGGUGGGCAUCACAUUAGCUGGUAUUGGCACCAUAGGAGUUGGUAUUGGAGGUGAGGAGCAAGAUGGUUCUGAUGUUUCUCUUUUCAGCAUACCUUGGCUUGUUAUAUCAGUUGCCAGCUUGUUUGUCCUCCUGAAUGCUUGGCUUCAUGCGUAUAAAAGUCGGCGGCGUGAACAGGAACUGACGAACUCUGAAGUCGUUGAGGAAAUUAUAUUCGGUCUGGAAUCAGGCAUCUUAUUUGGGAUUUCAUCUGUGAUAUCAAAGAUGGGUUUUGUUCUCUCAGAGAAAGGCUUUUCAAAGAUUGUUGUUCCUGUAUCCAUUUCCAUCAGUGCUUGCUGUAGUGCCAUGGGAUUCGUCUAUCAGACUCGAGGUCUGAAGCAUGGAAGGGCUAUUGUAGUAUCUACUUGUGCCGCUGUGGCAGCUAUUGUGACUGGUGUGCUAGCUGGUAUGCUUGCUCUUGGUGAGCAUAUACCAGCAGCUCCUGCCGCGCGAUUCUCUCUCUUACUUGGAUGGGUCUUCAUCAUUGUUGGGGUGAUUCUUCUUGUUAGUUCGGCUCGCAUAAUUGCACUCCUACCUAGGCCUUUGCGGCGAUUAGUGAGGAGUAAUAUCGAAAGGAAUCACAAUAUUAGGCGGACUGGCUCAGUCCGUAUCAAGGAUUCAAGCCCAAGCACAGUAGUCCAUGCGUCAACUCUGCAUCAUGUAAUUAGUUCUUCAGCAAAAGAAAAGGCUUAGAUAACCAUCAAAAAGGAUCUUUAUAGUGAUGACACUGCGACACCACCCGAUUCUCAAAUUCAAGUUUUGAUGAUGCAGAAGCCCUGUAUACAUGCCGCAAACCCGGCAUAAAUGGUGUCAGUUUAGUGGGCUCAAGAUUUCAGAUUCUGAUGCUCUUUUUUUAAAAAAAGGGAAAACAUUCUUUACAUUAAUUUGUUUCAGGACUCGUUUUGAUCAUGGUGGGGUACAUAUUCUUGAUUUGAUUUGAUAGCUGUGUUGUAAACAUUGUUCUUUAUCUAGACUGAAGGAUGUACAAUCUACCGGGUUUAGAUGCUUGGAUUGUGCUAUACCAUAUUGCCCAUCUCUCUGCACUUGAAUUUGUUGCGGAACCCCCCUUGUUUUUUUCUUGGUGUGCUGCAUAUUGUUCGCGUGCCUACUUUAUAGAAUACCUGAAAGUUAGGUAUUGCAACAAGUACCUUGUAGUCUAUCUCUGUAUUCAUGGUGCGUGCAUGCCAGUAGUACUCAAAUUAUGUUGUUUGAAGCAGUCAAA